UCGGAUGCCAUAUAGAUUUAAAUUAAUACAAACGCAGCUGCAUAGUCAACACACAACAGCUCUGCCUCCAUCUCUUUUCCCUUCCCUCUUCUGCUUCCAUGUGCUCCAAUAUUAUAUCAUAUUUUUCUCCCCUCCUCCUAUCUUUCCCCACCCAUCCCUUCCCUCCAUGGCCAUGGACGUCCAGUUGCAUUCUCCUGCUUUCUUCCUUCCGUGCAUAAUUCUUGCCAUCUCCUUCUUCUGAGUAGAAUCACACGGUCACGACAUGCAAGGCACCGGUUACUCUGCGUGUAAUCACACUUACAAUUGUGGGAAUAUCAAUAACAUCGCUUACCCUUUCUGGGGACAGAAUCGACCCCCUUAUGGCGGCUGCAGCAAUCAAUUCGAGCUCACCUGCCAAAAUGAUACCACCUUCAUCACUGUCGGCCAACAAAAGUUCACGGUGGUCUCCAUUAACCCAGAAUUUUACUCCAUGAAACUGGUGCAAACUGCUCUCUCCGUUUCUUGUCCCUGGAAUUUCGCUAACACUUCCUUGGAUCCUGCUCUCUUUCGCUUUGAUAAUUUAACAAUUCAGAACUUGACCUUAUUCCACGACUGCCCUCCUCGAGUCUCAAGCCCGGCCAACAUCACUUGCCAUCGUGGUCAAAAGGGUGAGGGCAGCGUUGCUUUUUUUGCGAAGCAAGACGAGAAGCAAAAACUGCAAACGUUUUCGAAAUGUAAGGCUCGUAAUCAGAUUCUAGUUCAAGGUGGGAUUUCGGAUGUCGAAGACACGGGUGUGCUGAAUAAAUCUUUAAGGAAUGGGUUCGUUGUUCAGUACGUUGCAAACUGGGAUGCGUGCUUGGCAUGCAAUUCUUCGGGAGGAAUAUGUGGGGCUGACAUCCAUGAUGCUUACCGAUUUGCCUGUCACUGCCGGAACGGGAUUCGUCGUCCUUAUUCCUGUCCAAAAAAAAGACAUUGGAACUGGAAAGGGAAACUCAUAGCAGGUAAUGGCUCCAAAGCUUCUUAUUUUUCCCGCAACCGGCCAGGUGGUGCUGCUGCUUCAUUCAGUGUGAUAGUCAUGAGCAUUGGCCUCUAUUUCUAUCGGCGCCGAAAGAAGAAUCGUCAUGCAAAAUCAGGCGAACAAUCUCAGGGCCGGACCAUAUCUUCCGAUUCCUCUAUAAACGAUGCUGAGAAAGGAAGUAAAUACUUUGGAGUUCACCUCUUCACCUAUACCGAACUUGAAGAGGCCACCAACAGCUUUGAUUCAGCCAAUGAACUUGGAGAUGGGGGUUUUGGAACAGUUUAUUGCGGAAAACUAGGCGAUGGUCGCACAGUUGCGGUGAAGAGAUUGUAUGAAAACAAUGGCAGGAGAGUUGAGCAGUUCAUGAAUGAAGUCGAGAUCUUAACUCGUGUGCGCCACCAAAACCUUGUCCAACUUUAUGGCUGCACUUCUCGCCAUAGCCGUGAACUUCUGCUUGUAUAUGAAUACAUUCCUAACGGGACAGUUGCCGAUCAUCUUCACGGCCAAAGAGCAAAACCAGAGACACUCCCAUGGCAUACCAGAGUGAAUAUAGCCAUAGAGACUGCGAGUGGAUUGGCAUAUCUUCAUGCAUCUGACAUCAUCCACCGUGAUAUAAAAACCACCAACAUCCUUCUGGACAAUCAUUUCGUUGUGAAAGUGGCAGAUUUUGGACUUUCUCGUCUCUUCCCAAAUGAUGUCACUCACAUUUCAACAGCCCCACAGGGAACUCCUGGGUAUGUGGAUCCAGAGUACCACCAGUGCUACCAACUAACUGACAAGAGUGAUGUAUAUAGCUUUGGAGUGGUGUUUGUCCAGUUGAUAUCGUCAAUGCCUGCUAUUGAUAUCACCAGGCAUAGGCAUGAGAUCAAUUUGGCAGCCAUGGCCAUUAACAAGAUUCAAAGCGGGAACUUGCAUGAUCUUGUGGAUCCAACUCUUGGGUUUGAAGCAGAUUCCAAGGUGAGGAAGAUGAUAAAUGGAGUGGCAGAGUUGGCCUUCCGGUGCUUGCAGACUCUGAAAGAUACGAGGCCUUGCAUGGAAGAGGUGGUAGAAAGAUUGAAGGAAAUACAGAGUGAUGGGACAGGUAAAACGAAAGCUGAGGAGAUGGAUAUCUCAGCAGAUCAUGUUGUGUUGCUGAAGAACGAAGUGCCUCCACUGUCACCUGAUUCAAAUAUGAGGAGCACGGCCACGACGCCAAAUGCCAGCGAAUAAACUGCGAUUCCAAUGAAUAUCAGCCAGCAAAGUGAUCAAAGUGAUUGCAGAGAAAGCAUCUAGUGUGUCCAGUAGGAGCCCGGAUCGUGAUAUCGCUCCAACCUCCAAGAUUGAGAUGUGCAGAGAAGACGAGAAAAGACAAUGAAUGCUUUUUUGUUUUGGGGAUCAAAGACAAUGAAUGCUUUAAAUUGCGUUGUAGAGUUUAAAAGGAGAAGAGUUUUAAUCCUUUAAAA